AACUAUUCACAGCGUUUUGACACAAAGCUCAGCAAUCAGAAUGGCCGACACAUCGACUCAAGAUGUUCCUGAUAACCUUAGUGAUGUAUCAAGCUUCACUGAUUCUAGUGCCGAAGCAAAAAAAGUUGUUGAAGUAGUAGAAGAAACUGUUCAUUGUACUGAUAAACCAGCUUAUAGUGAAGAAGAUUUGAGUACCCUUAUUAAUUACAUACGAGGGAUGAUAUUUUUAUUCGAUUACGACAAAAAUGAUUUUAGUGAAGAUGUUGCAGAAAUUGUCAAAUUGUGGCUUACCGAUGCAAAUAACCCAUUGCUGUUUAUUUUUUAUGAUGGCGAUAUACUUUCAGCGUCAUUGACCUAUCCUCAAUAUCCCUUCAAUGAUUUAAUGUAUUUUAUGCGCCAACCAGACCAACUUUUCAAUGAAACUGAUCGUUUCCAUGAUGACAUAAUGUUCGGGACAAUACAUAGUGACAUCGAAGGAACUUUGUUGGUGCUUUUGGAACAGGUUUAUGGGCCACUUAUUCUGUCCAAUACAGAAUGGUCGGACAACGUGAAGGGUCACAUAGUCGGAGGAUAUAACACGUUUAUGAGUUAUUUGACAGAUCUUCAUUACAAACUUUCUGGAUUUACUUUACUUUAUGUACCACGAGAGGGAGACAAUUCACCAGUGCAAGAAGUUGUCUUGAAUAGAACUGUUAUCAAGCGAUUGGAAGCUGUUGUUAUCGACUGGACUGGCCAAAUACGAUCAACGUUGAGUGAUACACAACACUUCGUUCCCGAUGAUUUAAUUUGCCCAUCAGAUGAGUACAAUUUUUGGAUCUAUCGUCAUGAAGUUUUAUGUGCGAUACAAGUUCAAUUUCAAAGUCCCAAUGUACAGCAUAUUUUAAAAAUAUUAGAACUUGCUCAAUCUCUUUAUGUCAAACCACUCAAUGAAUUGUUGGAUGAUUUAACAACUGAAAUAUUGAUAGCUGAAUCCAAUAUACCAUUCCUCAAGCUCGUUGUUGAUCCAUGCUUUGCUAUUCGCUCUUUGGAUAAUGAAGACGACCUUUGUUCCCAGCUGAUAUACAUAAUGCACAUUAUUAGGUUUAUUGGUUUAGACUCCAGUUAUCUGAACAAAGAUGAAAGCAUCACGAAACUUUUCCUUUACCUUACCAACGAGAUAGUGGCUUUUUGUAUGCAAAGCAUUAAUAUUGAAAAGAUUUUCGAAGGAUUCCCGAACUAUGGUAUCGAAAUUUGCAAUGCGAAAAUAAAUUGCUGUGAAUCAUACAAAAUAAUCUAUAAACAGAUUGUGGAACAUUUUCGAAAUGAAGUUGUAUGGAAUUUAGAUUAUGCCACUAUUUUCAAUAAAAUUGAUGCUUUUAUUCAACGCCUUACCGAUGUGGUUGAGAUUUGUGAAACGAUGAUGAUAUUUGGAAAAUACAAUGAUAGUACAUCAUAUAAAAAUUAUCGAUUCCCGUGCAAUAACGCAGAUGAAUAUGAAAAAAAGUGCGAACAGGUGGAACUUAUAUUUCAUAAUGCAACCGAAACCAUUCAUUCUAUAUCAAACACUAUACUGGAUAUCAAUAACAAGGAAUGGUACAAGAAUGUUGCAGAUUUCAGAGAAACCCUUCGGAACUUAGACGAUAUCAUAGAAAAUCUCUUGUCAAAUGUAUUUCUGGUGGCAGAGAACUUAGAGGAGAAAAUUGAUGUUCUUACAACACUAUUGAACUUUUACGAACGCGAUAGCAUUAAAGAAAGUUUCAUGGGUAAAGUUGUAGAUGUUUGGAUUAUUUUUAAAACCGAACUUACAAAACUAUCGAAAGAAGUAUCCUCUGGAGUUGCCAGCUAUCCAACAGCUAUGCCUUACUAUGCUGGACAAUAUACAGUGCUGAAAAUCAAAUUUGACCGAAUCAAGAGGCUGAAAACUCUAUUGGAACGUUGCAGGUUUUUGCCUGCCUAUCAUGAAAGCGAAGAUAUUUCAAAUUUGUUUGACUCUUGUGAGAAACAAGUGAAAGCGGCACUGAAGGGAUUAAAUGAAUCAUGGAUAAAAUCAAUCGAUCAAAAUUAUGUUUCUUGGUAUCAUAAAAACUUAAUAUACAGGAGCCAAUCUCGUCCCGGUUUACUAGAGUGUCAAAUAGAAAGGCGCAUGUUACUGAUAUUCGAUGAGGCAUAUUUUUUCAGAAUCCAAUCGGCUACAAUUCCAGCAAUAAUUGAUAUAGAAAAACAUGAAGUUACCAGGCAAUCCUUUGAUAAUGUUCUCCGUGUAGUUUUAUACUUCAAUGAUGUAAUCUCCACAAUUUCUGAAAAGGAGCGUUUGUUUUUUAAGCCAAUGAUCCAGCAAACAGAACGUAAAUUGGAACCUUUAAAAAGUAAACUAACCUGGGAUGAAGAUUUGGGAGACUUUAUCGAUAAUUUUAUCACUAAUGUCAAAGAGUUGUUGGACACCAUACAAGUAUAUAAACGUGAGAAUAUAAGAAUAGUAAUUUGGAUGGAGAAAAUUUUCUGCAUGUAUCUUUUUAAACUACAAAAAUAUGAACCAAAAAAAAUGGGAGCCCUUUUAAAAAACAUUGCAGAACAAAAAAAGUGUUCUCUUGCAGAGCUGGUACAGGUGUAUUCUGAAAUAAGCAAAAAUAUUUUCUGCAUUCAAGAACACCUUGGGUCGCAUUUACGAAAAAUGCGUGAUAGCUGGGAGCAGUAUGUUAAAAAAAUCGACAAAGUUCUAAAGGCGGCUAUAUUUAAGACUUCGAUGAAUACAAUAAAAAAUAUCAAACAAUCUUUAACCGAACUAUCGUCACCCAUUUUGAGUUUAGAGAUAGGUCUUGGAAAGCAAGGAAUAUCGUACUAUCCAUCAGCCGAAACAGUCGAAACAGCUUUGAAACGUUUACCAAAUGAAGUAAUCUCAACGAUAAAAAUCAUUCCCACUAUGUGUCAACGCUUCCAGAUUGAUUCAGAUGUCACGUUUUAUGACGAAUUUUUAGAAACAACAAUGUAUCUGAAAAGCGCCGCUACUAUAAACAAUGCUAUUGAAAAAACUGUCAGUGAACUUUCAGAGCUGAAAAACAAAUGGAAUAUAUUUCGUCCAUUCUGGAGCAUUGAUAAAAAAGAAUUUAUCGAAAAGUUCAAACUAUCGUCUAUGACGUCCGAAUCGUUUCAGAAAAAUAUUGAAAAAUUUGAUGAGCUGUUGAACCAACUGUCAACGCAAAAUGACAUCAUUUUAUGUCAGUGUAUUGAAAUAGAAGCAACAAAUUUGAAAUACUCUAUAACUAAACACAUAAACGACUGGCAAAUCAAAUAUAUUGAAUGCCUUAAAUGUGUUUCGUACGGAUGCAUUUUCG